UGCCUCUCUGUGUAUAUGUUUGUUCGCGCGGGGAAAGCGGCCCCUUCUAUCCCCAGCACCUUUGCUCCGGGCCACUUCACUUCUCUCUUUGGAGAGGAACAUCUUUAAGACCCCGAUUCUCCCCCAAGGAAGGCAGAAGGUGUCCUGCUGAACUCAGUUCACUGCUCUUGCUGCUGCUGGCGGUUGAUUGAAGACGUUACCCACAUCUGUGUGCAAACGCCCCACUGACUGCAAAGAUGGAACUGCAAAAGAUGGGAAGUGAGAUUGGCACUGAAAGAUUGAAUGGUGCCAUCCCUGAUAGUGACAAAGCAGCUGUCCUGGAGGAUGGGUAUGAGGAAGAGGAACGUGUUUCAGCAGAACAAGAUGGGUUCUUGCCUCACACGGCCAGCAAGAAACUGAGCCAAUUCACUGAUUUUGAGGGAAAGACUUCGUUUGGGAUGUCAGUCUUUAAUCUGAGCAACGCCAUCAUGGGGAGUGGCAUCCUGGGCCUGGCCUAUGCCAUGAGGAAUACAGGAAUCAUCCUCUUUGUGGUCCUUCUGAUCUGCAUUGCUUUGCUCUCCUCCUAUUCCAUUCACCUGCUGCUGAAGUGUGCUGGAGUUGUUGGAAUUAGAGCAUAUGAACAGUUGGGAUUGAAGGCCUUUGGCCAUGGGGGCAAAGUGGUGGCUGCUGUCAUAAUCUCAAUACACAACAUAGGAGCCAUGUCCAGUUACUUGUUCAUUGUUAAAUCUGAGCUGCCACUUGUGAUCCAAACCUUCUUAGGGCUGACGGUGAACAACGGCGAAUGGUACAUGAAUGGGCAAAUUUUAAUAAUUGUCGUCAGCGUUAGUGUCAUCCUGCCCCUGGCUCUGAUGAAACAUUUAGGUUAUCUUGGUUAUACCAGUGGACUCUCACUCACCUGCAUGUUUUUCUUUCUCAUCUCGGUAAUUUACAAGAAAUUCCAAAUCCCCUGUCCUUUCAAUGAUACUGUGGGGAAUAGUAGCACAAUGGAGUCCAGUCAUGAUGCCUGUAGUGCUGAAGUCUUUCCUCUCAAUUCUCAGACAGCGUAUGCAAUCCCCAUCUUGGCAUUUGCCUUUGUUUGCCAUCCAGAAGUGCUUCCUAUUUACACCGAGCUACGCAGGGCUUCAAAGCGUCGAAUGCAGAAUGUAGCCAAUAUCUCCAUCCUGGCCAUGUUUUCCAUGUAUCUGCUGACAGCUAUCUUUGGUUACCUCACCUUUUAUGGGAAUGUUGAAGCAGAGAUGUUGCACACAUACAUCCAAGUUAACCCUCUGGACACGCUUAUCCUUUGUGUGCGAUUGGCUGUACUCCUGGCUGUGACACUCACUGUGCCAGUGGUUCUGUUCCCGAUCCGCAGGGCCAUCCAGCAGUUGCUCUUCCCCAAGAAGGAUUUCAGCUGGCUCCGCCACAUCAUCAUUGCCUUCAGCCUCCUUUUCAUUGUCAACCUCCUUGUUAUUUUUGUGCCAAACAUCAAGGAUAUUUUUGGAGUCAUUGGAGCCACAUCAGCCCCAAGCCUCAUCUUCAUCCUUCCUAGCAUUUUCUACAUCCGAAUUAUCCCCAACGAAAAAGAGCCACUACGAUCCAGACCCAAAAUCCAGGCUGCGUGUUUUGCUGCUCUUGGUUUCAUUUUCAUGGUGAUGAGCCUCACUUUUAUCAUCGUCGACUGGGUGACCACAGGGAAGAGUGCUGGAGUGAGUCACUAACAAACCCAACUCCUGCCCCCAAGAGACAGGGUGGUUCUAACCAGGGAGACUAUUCAGUGCCAGAGAAACAGCAGUGCCUUCUGCUGUUUAUCCUCACUCAUCCUGGAGACACCACAGUUGCCUGCCCAUCGCUUUGGAGAGGUGUUGGAAGGCACCCCUUUGGUGCUACGGCAAUGCAGAGUAAUUUGGAACAGCUCCGGGGCUUCUCUACGGUCCUUCUAAGGUCUAGGCCUCUAAAACAGAGCCUCUGAAAGAGGCUGUCUGUUGCCAUGAAUAAGCUCCCUUCAUUUGCUGGCUCCUGUGGUAGCAGCAUGACGCUCCUGGCCUUCAUUGUUUUUUCUCCCUGGCAAUACAGCACCAUCACCAGCAAUUGCAUGUCUCAGCAAAACCAUGUGGGGUUUGGUUUGGGGUUUUCUUUGCCCAGGAAGAUCGUGCUGCCUCUCAACAAGGCUUGGUUUGGCUUUUUUCCAUUCUCUUCCUCCUCCUCCUCCUCCUCCUGGCUGGUUUUUCCUCAUUGUGCCAAAUGUGCCUUGCUAUCUCAACAACUGUGACUCCUUAUCCUUUGUUAUCUAACAUGGAAGUGGGGUCCCUGUGGAGGCAGAGCCUCGCCUCCAUCCACUUGCCCGAUUCCACUCGGUCUCCUGCCUGAUACCACUUAAGACAGCAGCAAUGAUACCAGCUGACAGCGAAGGGGAUGCUGUGCCUGGAUGGGUGUGAUCAAAGCAAUGGACAAUCUAAUUUAUUUGCUUGUAUUUAAUUUGGACCUGGCUACCAGACCAAAGAAUAUAAAUAACCUAGCCAUCCUGAUGCCUGUCUAAUCCAUGCCAUGAUUCCAGGUUUUUCUGACAUUGGUGAGGUCCAGGAAUUGAGGGAGGGAAGAGAAAUGGGGACCCUGGAAUCCUGGAAAACUUCUCCCAGCUAUGGAGGUCAAGCAGAAUGGAUCAUAUAGGUACAGUAGGAGACUCAAGGGCUCCCUGGUAGUAGGGGGGGAAUGCAACUCCCCCCAGUUGUGGGGGAGUGUCAUUUGCUUUCUCCUAUCUCUGAAUGAUGCUAGAUUUUUUCUGAGGCCAUCCAGAAGAGUUAAUUCUACCUACACUACAACACCACCUGGGGAUUUCCCUUUGGUGCAACUCCCUGGGCCCCAGGGAUUAAAUUUCUAAGUGCUACAUCUGAAUUCAGGACUCCGUGACUUCCUGUCUGAAAGUUCUGAAGGAGCUGAAUCUGCUCGUGUGGCUCAUUUAACUUCAAGAGGUGCUGAUAUGCAAAAUGAUGAAAGCCUUGACUGAAAAGAGUUGCAAACAAACCAGGAAAAAAUACUAACACAGUGGCUGUAUUUGCACAACAUACUUAACCAGGCCAGUUAGAAAUCUAAUGGCUGAAUUUGCACAAUAUGCUACACAUGGCUAGAUUUUCAUGGUUUAGUAUGCUGUGUGAAUCCACCUGGUUAGUUUAGGGCUCAGUGUAUGUGUGAAAAUAAAUUAAUUCAGUGACCUGUUUAAGUGUGAUACAAGCCAGCAAGGCAUUCCUAGGUAUUUCCUUUUGGAACUGACACAACAGAUUCUUUUUUCCCCAGCAUCUAUACAAUGACAUCUUAAAUCAUGGUCCUCCAGUAUUUCCCUGUGUAAUUUCUUCCUUUUUCAAUUCAGAGAUACUGAGGUGGAGGUGAGAGAACAAUGGCAGGUCAGUUUUACUAAUCAUGGAUCGCCUUUCAUCUGCCUGAACAGGUGUAGUUUUGUAUUGUGCAAGGAAGCUAUUAAGGAAUUUAACAUGUAAGGAUGCAUCUGAAUUUCCACACAUAAUACUGUUAUAUUCAUGGUCACUGACAUAUGAGCUCUUAAUUUUUUAAUUUGCACUUUUCUGGGUUUUUAAAAAUUCUUCUCUCUCUCUCCCCCACCACAAUAGCACUUACAAAACAAAAUACUGCUAUUCAAGCAGAACAUGCCACUUUAUUUUUGUAGUGUGAGAUGUUUGUGUUAUUCACCUUUUUGUCUCAUUGAAUUAGUCACUUUAAAAGGUGUCUUGGUCAAAACUUUGAAAAGUGAUGAAAAAUCUUUUAAAUUGAAAGCUGAUGUGUUCAUGUGAAUAGUUAGUCUUUUGACUCUGAGGAGCUAAACAUCCCCUGAGCUGAGGACCUUUCAUUGCAAUUUUGCAUGUCCCUUGAUGGUGAAACAAAACAAUGGUUGGAAACUAGAUCUUUUGCUAGGAAGGUUCUAAGGCCAGUCUGACAAAGGUAUGUUUUCAAGAUCAGAAUCUCUAUUCCAUUAUUCAUCUGUCUCCUCAUUUUUCUUUUAUCUCUAGCUGUUUGGUAUCUUUCUAUCUUGCUCCCCUUCUGGCUAUUAUCUAGCUUUUCCUUGUACAGAUGUCAGAAAUUGUUUUUGAGCUUGGCUGUACAUUUCAUCAAGUGUUAAUACUGCUUGUAGCAGUGCCUGGUUGUGCUAAUUGCUUGCUCACACCUAAAGGUAUCUUCUUAAAUGCACUUAUAUGGCAUCUCUGAUGAAACCAUCUAAUGAAAGAAAGUCUGUUAGCUUCUAAGGCAGCCUGCUCCACUGUCAGAUAGUCUGAAUUCUCAGGGAUUUUCCUCCUAACUUUUAGUAGAAAUUCUCUUGUAAUUUGAACCUUUUGGCUUGGGUCUUAGAAAGCAAAUUUGAUCUGUUAUCUGCAUAAGACCCUUAAUCUUGAUUCUGUUGUACUGCAGACAUUCUGGUACCCCAAAUACCUAGGCGUGAUUUUAAAAAUGAAAGAUGAUGGAAGGUUUCCUUUGACCACCCUGUCUCCAGUAUAUGCAAUGAGUUCUGCAUUGUGUACAUUUAUUCUUCUUCAGACUUUUUAGCUUUUAUCUCUUUCUUUUAUGCUGCUUGUUUAUCUGUCUCAGCUUAACGAACUGUUAGGAAUUCAGUAUUUUCUUUCCACUGAGAAGCUGAGACUCUUGAGGGCUUAAUUCCUUUAGGUAAGAUUUGUGCAUUUCCCUCCAAACAACAUAAACCACACAUUAUAGCUUUUCUCUGCUGAUUUAUCUAUCUAAUUUGAAAAGGCUCUUAGGAAUAUGUCAAUGUGGCACAUGCUGCCCAGAAUAAUAUUCGUUAUUUGCACUGCACCACCCUUACACAGUACGUGGAGCAGCUCUCUGCCUUUAGAAGUUUACAAAUGGAAAAUUUAGAUUAAAUUAGAGGUGGCUUGUAUCUUUACAAAAGGAUCUAUAUGCUCAGCAAAAAUGAGAGCACUCUUCCAGUGUAGUGAUCUUAUUACGGCUGGGCAUGUUAAAAUGCCGUUUUCCCCCACAUCUGUAAAGUGUACAUGAAGUGCAAUGCUGAAAAGUGUGAUGCUUGCAGAUUAACAGUGUAAUCCUGUGCAUGUCUUCUCAAAAGAAAGUUUCCAUGAGAUUUAUUCACAAAUAAGUGCCUAAGAGUGCGGCCUAGGUUACCUGGAACCUUUACAAUCGAUCCAUCUGUAAAAUAAGGCAUUAUGGAGACAGAGCCUGUAAAUAGAGAUCUAAUUACUGGAAAUCCUGCUGGUACCUUAAAAGAAUAAUCCAAAGAAUUUCAGCAAUUUUAUUUUAUUUUAUUUUUUGGUCAUUCUAGGCGGGUCUAGCUUUUUUUUCCAAAAUAAUCUGCCACAUCAUUCAUCCUGUCUUUUCCUGUUAGAAUGCUCAUUAGCAUGGGAAGUUGUUAUAAGACUGUUCAGAUCAUACUUUCCAAAAUGUGCUAGAGUUUCAGUCAAUCUUAUGAUCACUGACCAGACUACUCAGUUUAUGUAAUUUGUAUGGUUUAUUACAAGAUAAGUCCCAUGGUUUGGUACCUUCUGCUACAUAUCUGAUAAUACACAUACAGGCAGUCCUUGCCUAACGACCAUUUGUUUAGCGAUGGUUCGGACUUAAGACAGCUCUAAACCCCAACUUAUGACUGGUCCUCACAGUUACAGCUGUCACACCAUCCUGCAGUCACAUGAUCACCAUUUUCGACCUUCCCAGCUGGCUUCCAGCAAGCAAACUCAAUGGGGAACCAUGUGGUUUGCUUAACAACCACCACAAAAAUAGUCAUAAAAUCGGGUUGGAUUUGCUUAGCGGCCAAAAUUACUGUCCCAAUUGUGGUAGUGAAGUGAGGACUACCUGUACUGAACUCUGAAAUUCUAAACAGAUUCAUUACUUGGAGUGGCAUUCAACUAACCCUUCCUAAUGGUGGAACAAGCUUCAUCCUUAGAACAAGCACUACAUCAAAAUCUGUUUGUGAACAUAGGGUAAAAGAGGGUAGAAGAAUUCUGAAAUGGAAGUUGGCUCAUGCAGCGUAGGAUAGAGAAACACUUGAAGUGAAAUUUUCCAUAAAGGGGACAUGCUUUGCUGAACCUGAUUGUCAUACUGCUGCUCAUUGCUUAUCCAAUUCUGAGGAGGUGCAACUUCACACAACGUAACUGACCUGUGCUUCUUCAAAACCAAUGUCACUGAUAGUCAUGCUGUUCCCAUUUAAGUACUAAGUGCCUGUGCUUUUCACUCGCCCUGCCUUACCAACUUUGAGUUCACAAGCUGACUGUAGGGUGGUCAGAUGCAAAAGGGGAUGGUCCAAACAGCAUGUAAAAGAGAGAAAUUCAUUAGAAAAGAAUUGUCAUAGCUGUGGUUGCUGACACUCCCUCUUCAGUGCAGCUAUUAAGGUGCAGGAGUCUUGACCUUUCUUGCAGCCAGCUGCUGCACUAGACAUACGCUUUUAAACAUCAGAGGAGAGACUGAGGUCAUGUCCCCACUAAUGACUUGAGCAUAUUUAUAGCAACACCAAAACAGCUGAAGUGAUGGGAGGCCUGUUAGGGAACAACAAUGGUUGGAUGACUUUAGUAGACAGUCUUAAGUUGCUAGUGGGGGCAUGGUUGCCUAGCAUCUGCAGCCUCUUCCUUCUAGCCCAGCUAUAAUUCAAAGUAGUGGGAAUGCACAGUGGGGCAUCUGGUUAGCAGCAUUCACAACUGGGCCCCUGUCUCUUUGCUGACUCAUGGAAGUCCACACCUUAAUUUCUUAUCCAAAUGGUAUAUGUACCUCCCUGCAACACUUCUAUCCCACUAGGAUCUGGAUGGCCUCAGCUUUUUAACUUUUUCCCAUUAUUUGGGGCUGGCUUUCUGCUUGGGGUAGUAAUGGGAUCCAGAUUUAAGAGAGGACGGAACACAUUCAAAAUGUGAAAUUGAUGUAAGGACACAGUUUUUGUAUAAUUUUGGUAUUCAAUAAAGAACUGUUGACCUUA